AUGAGUUGCCCUUUUAUGAUAAACUUGCAUAUUACAAUACCCAAACUUUCAAAGCAAAUCAUCUGGGAUGCAGAACCUGGUACACAAGUUAAAUCUGUUAUUGAUUCGAUUCUAAAAAGCAUGAAUAUUCCGGAUCCAGAAUUAUGGAAUUUAUUUAUGCUUGCAAAUGAUUUUAUUCAAAUACCACGUGAUUCAGUAUGCUUUGAUAUCGGAUUUUCUAACGCGACAUCCUUCCAACUCCUUCAAUUAGAAACCGAGCCAAUUGAAGUUUACUACAAAAUGCAAAAGGCAUCUAUAGCAUACGAUAAAUUUAAGCCACUCUCGAGCAUAAUGGAAAUAUGCUUGCAAAUCUUUAACCUUUCUGAUAAUGAACAAUAUUUAUUCAUGAAUCCGAAAAGUUAUACUAUCGAAGCAAUGCAUUCACCCACAAAACUUACAAAAUUAAUCCUGAAGCCAUUGCAAUUCAGAGGAAGGGAAUUGGUGUUCCCAACUUUGAAUUUUAUUGAACCGAGUGGAUUAAGCUCAUUUCCUUUUGUUUCGCUAUCGAAAACAAUUAUGCAGUUCCAGAUAAGAAUCUUAUUUACUACACUUAAAAGCCAAUUUGGCGACUUUUCUCUUGUCAAUUUUACUCAAGAAGAAUUAGAAGCUGUUUUUAAAAAAUAUGAAUUAAAUUCAGGUAUUGGUGAGAUACCAUUCAAUCAGCAAAUAACAUUACUCUUCGUUAUCCUUGCUCAAUUUGAAGAACCACUAAUUCCUCCAGAUAUGAUCGGUUUUGCUAAAUCAAUAGUUAAAAACGAUAACCAGUUCAAAGUAUGCCAGCAGUUAUACAUGUUUUUGCUUAUGCUCCCUGUUUCAUCUCAUUCUCUCAUUUCUGAAUUUGUGAUUUGCAUGUCCAACUCAUUUGUUCAUUCCCCGAUACAGUCAGAAAUUAUAGCAAUACUUCAAGAGCUAUUUUUCAAGAACUCCAAUCCCGAUGAAGAAGAAAUUUUAUUUAUUAAGUAUAUCUUACUUUUCGGAGCAGUAUUGUUGCAUUUACCUGGUUCUAGGAAUGUAUGCAGGAUUGGAAACAAAAUUGGCUUCCAAUCUCCAAUUGAUCCAGGAUCUUUCUACACAAUCAACGAAAAACUUAUGCCAUCAAAAACAGAAGACCUUAAACUUGACUUUAAUUUCGAAUUAUUCGAUCCAGAUGAAGAAAUUAAUAGACCCAUCGAUUUACACACGCAUAUUAGCUAUUUGAAUGCAUCUGUCAACAGCUUCCAUCAAGUUAUUGAAGAAGCUAAGAAACUCAUUAAUCAAAUGAAGCAAAAGUCAUAA